AUGGCGGCAGCACCAGUCAUGGAGAGUCGUGUGCCAGAUGAGCAGAUGGAUGUGGUGGAGGAGGAGGAGGAGGAGAAGAGACAGAGAGAUACCCAGUCAGAAGAAGAAGAUAAGUUCAAAUUAGUCAAGAUUCAGAUGGCAUGUUUGGAUUUUUGCAUUGAGCUGCUGAACCAACACGUUGGCGGUGCUGGGACGGGGGGAGUAUGGAUGGUGCGACGCGAAGAGCUACCCACCAAUAUUGUCACGGAUCAAGAAGAAGAUAAGUUCAAAUUAACCAAGAUCCAGAUGGCAUGUUUGGAUUUUUGCAUUGAGCUGCUGAACCAGCGGGUUCAGGUGGAGGAUUAUGAGUGCGCGCUGGUAGACGCGUUGGCGGUGCUGGGACGGGGGGAGUAUGGAUGGCGCGACGCGGAGAGCUACCCACCAAUAUUGUCACGGAUCAUCAAGGUGGCACGGUUCAUGGUGGUGCAGAAGGCGCUGCGACUGGACGCCAAUGCAUCCGACAUGCUGGCCAGGAACCAAGCAAGCCAGAUGGUGGGAGAGUGGGCCGUGACAUUCCACAAACAGAAUGUCCAUCAAGGCCGGUUCAUCAUCACACAUCAGCAGCGAGGGCAGAGGGCAUUGAUGGAUGAGGAGGUUUUAGUGGAAGAGGCGCAGAGCUGGAAGGAUCAGUGUUUAAUAUGUGCAAAUGGCAAGCGGGAGUUUGACCAUGAGCUGUACCAGUGUCCCCACGAGGAGAGCCAGGAGGCAAAGAGAUGGAUGAUGACAGUGCGGAGCAAGAUCAAAUACACACGGUAUUCCGGGUGCUUCCGAUGCGGGAUGCCGCAGUCCAUAUGCAACAGCUGGAAGACACAGAGGCAGUGUCCGUACAGGGGAUUUUUGAUCCCGACAGUGGCAAUGAUGAUGUAUGGGUGUCAUGCAGGGCAGAUGAAGCAGGCGUGGAGACAGCGGCUGAGAGAGUUCAAUGUGGAUGCAGAUGAUCAGGAGGCGGUGAUUGAAUUUUUGGGACAGAAGGUUGAGGGGCAGGGCAUGGAGCACAACCGGCUGGUGGAGAUGGUUUGUUGGCUGCGAGGGAUAUAUCAGGAGGCAGAGAGGGGGAAGAUCGAGUCAGAGGGUACAGAGGUCAAGUGA